AUGGACCCAAGGGACCUUGAGUCCUUGGUGGAACAGUGUGCUGCCAUGCUGCUUUCAGACGAUGUGAACAUCCUUGAUAAGGGCAUCCAGAUUCUAAGAGGCAAGUAUAUAGUGACAGCAAGCAAACAAGCGGAACAACUUGCAAGAAUUGCUCAGGAGAUUGCAGUUUACAAUGGCGGCGUUGUCCUCAAGAAGCUCUGGGAAGGCCUGCAGUUGAGGACUUCAGAAGGAUGUCCAAAGCCGCCGACCACGUAUUCAACGGGAUGCAAUUUUGCAUUGUCGAUUCUCUCAUCCAACAAAGUUGUCGUAGAACGCUGCUUGAAGAUCCUAGGGGCAAAGGAAAGGUUGGCUGCUCGUGACAUCUACCGAACGCUUUCUGGGAUGGCUGUUCAAGAAGCCCGCUCUCUGAAGAGAAUUGGAGCGGCCGUCGAAGGCCCUUCGUUCAACACGCUGAGAUUUGGGACGCGUUUACGGAACAUAUGCAACUUUGCAGAAGCCUCUAGAGUUUUCCGGGAGGGCAUGAAGGACGUCGCGGAAGAACAAUCCAUCUUUGAGACUCUUGGGUACCUUGUAAGCCCAGAGUUCCUUAGCAAGCUGACUGCUUUUGAUUCUUGGAAGCUUCGCGACUUGUUGUCACGGUUAGUCGAGUCUCUGGCGAUUGCAAAAGACAGCCAGCUUUGGGCCUUAGACAAGGGCCUACUCAAGCUGAUUGCAGCAAUCUUGGAAGGCUCGCCCGUGAAGGAGCCCAAUCUGAGCCCCAACUUUAAGCCCGAUGGUUCUCCCAAUCAGUCCUGCGCAGCAUCCCUUGUUUUCUUGCUCGAAACGGAGGCUGGGGUUGAGAAGAUGCGCGCUCACAACGCACUAUCCGGACUUAAGCCCCACAAGCAGAAAAUUAACGGGGCGCCCCUCAAUCGGAGCUGGAAUUACAUCGAGACAAGAAUGCAGGGCAAACACGCAGCACUGGGAGCGCUGCGUUAUGUCGGUAGAUGGAAGCUCAAGCAAAGUGGAGAUGGUUACGUCGUUCUUCCAGUGGUCUGCUCUUGGAAGCUGUGCACAGCAGGCCCCGAGACCGCCGGAAAGAAGUUCGGCAAGUGCGCGCUCUGUCAGGUCUCCCGUUAUUGCAGGUUGUGA